AUUUGUAUUUCUACAGUUAAUUCAAAACCAGGUAAUAAAAAUCAAUAUGAAAUUCACUACUAAUUUCGCAAAACCUUGCGCCGCCCGUAUUGGAAUACUAUCGGAAUUUGAAAGAAUACCUAACCGUAACUUCGAAACUCCUCUUGUUCUUAUUUAUACAAAGGGAGGUUGUGUACCGCAUUUAACUAAGGAUGUUUUCAAAAUGGUUACUUCAAAUCCACAAUUAUUAUCUAUUUCACUAUCUUCUACAUUUUCUAUGAUAGAAUCAGUGAGAGAUACUAAUAUUAAUUUCGCAGAUUUUGUUAGUAUGAAGGAAUACAUCAAUUUUCUUACAAUAAGUGAUUCAGCUUAUACUACUCCUUCAGGUUUUCAACAGCAUCAUACUGUUCCUGUAUGGACAAGAAAUGGAAAAUGUGCAUUAACAGCUAAUCAGUACAUGGAUAUCAUUGAAGUAUUUAAACCAGACAUGUAUGUAGCUAUGUAUGAUGGAGACACUAAUAUAAAAAGUAGUAAAAAAAGAACAUCAAAAGCUGUACAACGAAGUACAUCAUUAUUUGAACAGUGUUUCAUUAGACAUUCUGCAUCUGAAAAAUUGAAAUCCUCAGAAAUAUUAGGUGCAAUUGCAGGUGGUUAUGAUAUACCAGCUAGAACAGUAUCAAUAAAUUAUUUAAAAAAUAAAUCUUUAAUUGGAUAUGUAAUUGAUGGAUUACAUAAUAAUGGACCAGAUGUAGUAAAUAUACCAUCAGUACAAAUUAAGGCAGUAGUGGAACACACAAUGAAUUUGUUACCUGCUGAUAAGCUGAAAGUAUCAAUGGGAAGUUGGAAUCCUCUUACAGUAUUAAAUCUUGUUGAAUUAGGUAUAGAUGUAUUUGAUACAUCAUAUCCUUAUGUAAUUACUGAGAAUUUACAAGCACUAACUUUUUUAUGUGAUCGUGAUAACUGUAACAAUGUAGGGCAUGUGAUAUCAUUGGAAGAAGAAAGGUAUGCAGAAGAUUUUUCUCCAAUAUGCUCUCACUGUGAAUGUCUCACAUGUAAAAAUCAUACCAAAGCAUAUUUACACCAUUUAUGUAGAACUAAAGAACUACUUCGUGCAGUUCUCUUAAUGAUACACAAUAUGCACCAGUACCUUGAAUUUUUUAAGAUUAUUCGCAAAAGUAUAAAAGAUAAUACCUUGGAAGAUUGUAAAAAAAAAGUUAAUUUAAAAUUUAAACAAGAAAAUGUCAUCCAGACAGAUGAACCUACAAAUACAGAAGCUAUAACGUAUAAUAACACAUACCGUAUGUUUUAG